AUUACUGGCCAGGUGCAGUGGCUCACGCCUAUAAUCCCAGCACUUUGGGAGGCCAAGGCGGGUGGAUCAUUUGAGGUCAGGAGUUCAAGACAAGUUUGGCCAACAUGGUGAAACCCCGUCUCUACUAAAAAUACAAAAAUUAGCCAGGCAUGGUAGGGCAUGCCUAUAAUCUCAGCUACUCGGGAGACUGAGGCACAAGAAUCGCCUGAACCAGGGAGGUGGAGGUUGCAGUGAGCUGAGAUCAUGCCAAGACACCAUCUCAAACAAAAAAGAAAACAGAUUAUUUUUUGGAAAGGUAAGUGGGUUUUCAGGGGAAAAGUAGGAAAUUAGAAAGUUUUGUGAUAAUGUUUGUGUAUAUAAGUACGAGUGUUCUUCCUGUCUCCUUCAAGGCCAUGAAAUUUCCCUGGAGAAGGAAUUUGAAAUAUGUUUUACUCAUGCUCUCCCCUCCAGGAUAGACCUACCCUGAAAAGGAAUUUAUGUUAACCUUAUCUCCAAGGUUGCUGGCUUCUGUCAGGCCAAAUCUUGUCACUGGAAGAGCCACAAAGUAGGAAGCCUGGGUACAGGCCUGGCAAGCGAGAACAAUGUGUCACUGCAGGACUUUGGAGCUCUCAGCUUUGGAGUCAGUUAAGACCAGCUCCUUGCUGGGAAGGCCUAACUCUGGAGGGACAGAGACAGGUGUCUGAGCUGGGUGAAUUCCAGCCUGGGGAGAGGACUUUGAUCACCAGAUGUUUUUCUGGUGUGCGUGCUGUCUUAUGGUUGCGUGGCGGGUUUCUGCUUCAGAUGCAGAGCACUGUCCAGAACUUCCUCCAGUGGACAAUAGCAUAUUUGUCGCAAAGGAGGUGGAAGGACAGAUUCUGGGGACUUAUGUUUGUAUCAAGGGCUACCACCUGGUAGGAAAGAAGACCCUUUUUUGCAAUGCCUCUAAGGAGUGGGAUAACACCACUACUGAGUGCCGCUGUAAGUUAGAUCUUUCUUGGGCCACUGAUCCUGUGCUGGUGAAUGGAGAGUUCAGUUCUUCGGGGCCUGUGAAUGUAAGUGACAGAAUCACGUUUAAGUGCAAUGACCACUACAUCCUCAAGGGCAGCAAUUGGAGCCAGUGUCUGGAGGACCACACCUGGGCACCUCCCUUUCCCAUCUGCAAAAGUAGAGACUGUGACCCUCCUGGGAAUCCAGCUCAUGGCUAUUUUGAAGGAAAUAAUUUCACCUUAGGAUCCACCAUUAGUUAUUACUGUAAAGACAGGUACUACUUAGUGGGCAUGCAGGAGCAGCAGUGCAUUGACGGGGAGUGGAGCAGUGCACUUUCAGUCUGCAAGUUGAUCCAGGAAGCUCCCAAACCAGAGUGUGAGAGGGCACUUCUUGCCUUUCAGGAGAGUAAGGACCUCUGUGAAGCCAUGGAGAACUUUAAGCAACAAUUAAAGGAAAGUGGCAUGACAAUGGAGGUGCUAAAAUAUUCUCUGGAGCUGAAGAAAGCUGAGUUGAAGGCAAAAUUGUUGCAACACUGCAGCUGAGCAGAUGUAAUAGAAAUAAACCUAUGAAUAAAUUUUCCUCUUGGUUCUGAAAUUGGUUUCAGUUUUACCUCUUAUUGGGCUGAAAUUGCCAACUGCAGUUGUAUAAUGCACCGUGUGUGUGUGUGUGUGUGUGUGUGUGUGUUGUUCUCAGAAUGUGAAAAGGCCAAAUGUAGCGGUUGUCUAAGGCCAGAAUUAGCAACAUAUUAUUGGAGAAUAGAGGGCUUAAUUUCCAGUGUGUAAGGAUUAUGGGGAAACUCUGAUCUCAGCCCAGAGCGUAACUCAUAUUUUAACAUGAGACAAUGAAUUAUGAAACCAAU